AUGGCUGGCAAAACGAAAGUCGUCAAAACGUUUCACAUAAAUGAAUUGCACAUAUGCCUGUCCGUCCUCAGCGUCAGUGUGGCGUUUCUCUUCCUACAAUGGCUGUCACUCGAGGCAGAGGUGCGUUCGUUCAGGUCCGAAAUGGACCAACUAUCAGGGCAGAGAAGUCCAAAGAUGUACCACCGGCAGGGUAAGCAACAGGAUCCGGGUGUAGCAGCCGGACAGAGAAUCAGAGACGGUGGGUGGGGAGAGGAGCCCCGGUUUGUCGGUCACGAUUGGGCUCGUCCCGGGGGUGGGGCACAUCCCGAUCAACCUUUUCGGGGAAUGGGGCCAGCUCCACCAGGAGUACCGUUCAAUAGGGCAGGACAUCCUCUUCAGCCGGGCAUGCCACUGGGAGGACACGGCCCUGACACGGUUUCAGGAUAUAAUCAACAUGCACCAGGCGAAUGGGGUACUCCCGUGAUUACUGACCCUGGCAUGAUGGAUGACCAUGACAGACAGCUUUACCAGAAGGGCUGGGAGAAGCAUUCCUUCAACUCUUUCGCCAGCGACUUGAUUUCCGUAAAACGCCAACUCUGGGAUGUGGCCGGACCAGCGUGCCGAAAGAGGGCGUUGUCCUACCGCACUGAUCUCCCGGAUGUGGGCGUGGUCAUCAUUUUCCACAACGAGGCUUGGAGCACUCUGCUCCGCACUGUUCACAGCGUUAUUGACAGAACACCAACCAAUCUGCUCAAAGAGAUAAUCUUAGUGGAUGACUUUUCCUCCGAAGAGUUUUUGAAAGACAAACUUGACGAGUACGUUGCCUCGAUAGACAAAGUCCGGAUCAUCCGGGCACCUCAACGUCAAGGUUUAAUCCGUGCUCGUCUACUGGGUUUUGAAGCCGUCACUGCCAAGGUGGCCAUGUUUCUGGACUCUCACUGUGAAUGUACUGAUGGUUGGCUUGAACCCUUGCUGGACCGCAUCGCCCGCGACGAGAAGACCGUCGCCGUACCUGUCGCCGACCGGAUCAAAUCGGACACCAUGGAAUUCGUGCCAGGAAAUGGAAGUGAGAUGUUCUGUGGGUUUGAGUGGGACAUGACAUUUAAUUGGUUCAAAUUACCGGAGCGCGAGCGUCAGCGGCGGAAGGAUAUUUUAGACCCGAUUCGGUCACCGACUUUCCUGGGCUGUUGUUUCGCCAUAAGUGUCGACUUCUUCAACACUCUGGGGAAAUACGACACCGGCUUGAAUAUUUGGGGAGGUGAACAUCUAGAGUUAUCCUUUAAGACAUGGAUGUGCGGUGGUACACUGGAGAUCAUUCCGUGCUCGCACGUCGGCCAUCUUUUCCGCACGAAAUUGCCGUUCUCCUUUCAAGGCCGUGAGGUUGGCGAGACAGUUCGCGAGAACAACGCCCGUAUUGUGGAGGUCUGGCUGAACAACUACAAACACUUCUUUUACGACAGAAUAUUUUAUGAAAAGGUAGAUGUAGGGGACGUAACUGAGAGAGAAAAUAUCCGUGAAAACUUGAAGUGUAAAUCUUUUGACUGGUACCUUGAGAACGUGUACCCCGAGUUAUACGUACCCUACGACAGUAAAGCUACUGGUAUGAUAAAGAUGUCGAGUGGAGGAAAAGACUUUUGUAUGCAGUCCACGCAGUCUUGGUUCCUCAAUGGUAACGUCUUUCAGACGUUCCAACCUUGUAGCAAGGAUGUGCCCCCUCAGCACUGGACAUUAACUCGUGAGAAUCAGAUCAGGCGUGACGAGGGCUGUCUCACGGUGGACCGGAAGGACAACAAGGUCAUCAUCACCGGGUGUGAGGAGUUGGCCGGGAAAGGCACGUGGACAUAUCACCAGAACAACACAAUUUCCCAUGACGAGACAGGGAAGUGUUUGACGUUUCAAUCGGGAUCAGAAUUUGCCCUUGUGGACAAAUGUUCCGAUAACAGCAAUCAAGUGUGGCAAUGGGAGCGACGGGUGCUGAAACUUAAACCAGAAAUCAACGACUGA